AAGAGUAUGUAGUAGGGUCGCGAAGGUAGAUGCAAUACAUUAACAGUUACUAUUAUGUUAACAGGAUUUAUUAAGUACUUUCCUGUCUGUAUUGGUAAUGCUGUCUAGCUACAUGAAUGUCAGUUCUCUUUUAAGUUCUCUGUUUUAGUUGAUUCUUCAGCGCGGUUACGUGCGGUGGCGUUUCUCGCAGAGUGUGUCGUGUUACCACCAGUUCGUUCGUUUCAAAGUACGUUCGCUUAAAAAUCGUUCCUUAUACUAGUUCGUGCGGUUAUGGAUUUAAAAGUGAAAGUUUAUUACCACGUGUAAUAUACCUAUAUCGUUACAACGACCAGUAAUACGACGCCAACAUUAGAAUGAAAACGAAACUGGUGGCCGGAAUGUAAGUUUAAAUGUGUAAUACCAAGAAAAAAAGGAAAAGUGGACAGCACCAUUUCCACAACAUCCAAUACGUAAAAUGGCUCUCCGUUCAAAAUGGAUGUUGAUGUUAUCAUUAUUAAACGUAACCGCAUUAACGACACAGAGGAACUUGAACAUCGCCUCGUAUAAGAUACACCACCACAUGGAUGUAAACGACUUAAGAAAUGUAUUUCAAGUAGAACAACAUUCAGAUGUUCCAGAAUACGAGAUAGUAAAUCUUCACUCAAUCAGAAAACGAGAAAUUGCAAAUACCACCAACAGUUCCAAGGAUAAAAGAAAGAUAAACGAUAAAUUAUUAAAAUUACAAGCAUUCGGUAAAAGUCACGAAUUAUCGUUGCAACCCUUAGACCAACAAUUAUUUAAAGGAAAUUUAAAAAUGUGGUCUGCCGAAUCCGAUGGAAAUGGUUCAAUUAGUUAUACAGAAUUACCAGACGCUUACGUUGGUGAUCCGUAUCAAGACGAAGAAAAUCAAGCAGCGUUAUUACUGCAUGAAGACAACGACGAUGGCUCGCUCUUAAUGGAAGGUACCAUUGGGCACGAUUUAGUCAUCAAACCUUUACCUAUUCAUUUAAGAAAACAUUUAAACCAAGUCAAAACGUAUUCUGCAAAAGAAUCAGACGACUUGGAAGAAAGUAAUAGUGAUGGUGAUGAAAUGUUCCUAGAUAAAGAAAUGAGUUUAGGCCAAGACCAAAUCGCUAGAAACGGUUUUCCUCUAGAUAAAGAGGAUAAAUCAUUAAGUAAAAUUCAUCCUCAACACGUAGUUUAUAGGAGGCAUUCACAAGAUAAUAAUGAUGUGAAAUUUAGUGAUUUCGCUUUUAUGGAAGCGGGAGAUAUUAAGAAAAAUAAACAAAAUACUGAAACAGUAAGAAAAAAACGCUCAAUAGUAAAACGAGAAGCACCUUAUACGAUAUAUCCUGAAAUAUUAGUCAUUGUAGAUUAUGACGGCUAUAGGCUUCAUGGAGGUGAUAAUGUACAGGUUAAGAGAUAUUUUGUAUCAUUUUGGAAUGGUGUCGACUUAAGGUAUAAGUUAUUAAAAGGUCCUAAAGUACGAAUAAGCAUUGCUGGAUUAAUUAUUUCUAGAGGGCGAGAUGCAACUCCAUAUUUAGAACGUAAUAGAGUAGGUCGAGAUGCGGUUGAUUCUGCAGCUGCAUUAACAGAUAUGGGAAAAUAUUUAUUUCGAGAGCGAAGACUGCCUGUGUAUGAUAUUGCGGUAGCUGUGACCAAAUUAGAUAUGUGCAGAAGGCAUUAUCAAAACGAUGCAUGCAACAGGGGGACAGCAGGUUUUGCCUAUGUUGGUGGUGCAUGUGUAGUCAAUAAAAGAUUAGAAAAAGUCAACAGUGUUGCCAUUAUAGAAGAUACAGGAGGAUUUUCUGGAAUAAUUGUAGCUGCUCAUGAAGUUGGCCAUUUAUUAGGUGCUGUUCAUGACGGAUCACCGCCUCCUACUUAUUUAGGUGGUCCCGGUGCUGAGAAGUGCCGAUGGGAAGAUGGUUUUAUUAUGAGUGAUCUUAGACAUUCGGAGAAAGGUUUCAAAUGGUCGGCAUGUAGUGUUUCUUCUUUUCAUCAUUUUUUGAAUGGUGACACGGCUACUUGCCUGUACAAUUCGCCUCAUGAAGACGAAUCACUUCCACGAGUCCUUCCUGGUAAAUUACUUUCUUUGGAUGCUCAAUGUAGAAGGGAUAGAGGAACUAGUGCAUGCUUUAAAGAUGAAAGAGUAUGUUCACAAUUAUUUUGUUUUGAUUCCGGUUCGGGAUACUGUGUUGCUUACCGACCAGCUGCAGAAGGAUCUCCAUGCGGUGAUGGCCAGUCUUGCAGUAAUGGUAUUUGCAUUUCUGAACAUGAAAACAUAAUCCCGGAUUAUUCGCAAAAUACUCCUUCUUACUUAAGAAGACAAGACCAAGAUAUUUAUGGUAGAACGUUAUACGGAAAUUCUACACAAAGGUCAGAAUGGGAAGAAUUCUGGAGAACAGCCACCGACUCAGGAUUACCAAAUAAAAACACAUAUAAUGGUUACAUGCAAACUACUACUACUUCAUAUGAUCUUUAUAACUUGUAUGAUAAUCCUGAUCCUAGUACCACUCAAAAUUACCAUUAUUAUUAUCAAACUCAACCUACGACUACCAAAAAUCCUUACGAUGAGUUUAAUAAAAAUUGGUAUUAUUCUGCAUUUAAACAAAAAUUACCUCAGAAAAAUAAUUACGAUUGGUAUCCUAAAAAGCCUGCGAAAAGUAGUUUGGAAGAAUUUAACAAUCUAUUUUACAGCAGAACUACGCAGCAAAAUGAUAUUUAUACUAAUACCAAACGUGAUCAAGUUGGAAACGAUGACUGUAUUGAUACUACAACAGAAUUGCCUGGAGCAGUCUCAUGUUACGAUUUUUUAACUAAAUACGGCCUUCAGUAUUGCGUGGACGAAUACAUAAAAAAAUACUGUUGCGCGGCUGUUAAAUAUCUAUGCAAUAAUUCACCAUUUUGAGAAACAUGAUAUUGAUGAUCUCCAAUAAAAUUACCUUUUUUUUUUCUUUCUAAUAUAAGUAUGUGUUUUUUUCCUUUUGUAAAUGAUAUUAGACUUGAAUCAAGUGAAUUGUAAAUAAUGACGGCUUUCCUAAAUUUGUCGUCUUUAAAUAGUGUAGCUCAAGUAUUUUAUAUAAAUUUGUAAUUUUUGUAUUUUAUUAUUCUUUUUUUUUUUGUAUUGCAAAUUAAAAUCAACGAGCUACCAGUCUUAUUAAAUUUUACCAUUAUUUAUAUAAUUUAAAACUCGCAGUUUUUUUAAUAUGUAAAUUAAUGUUGAAAACAACAAAAAAAUAA